UUCAAGAUACAUAAACAAGUCUUUUGUGUUUUGAGGAAUUGAAGGUCUCAUCAUGACCAUAAAGAAACUGACAGUAUUUGUGCUGUUAACAGGGAUUGUCUGUACUACUGGGCAUGAAUUCGUUUCAUCAACAGAAAAAGUUGCACAGCUUUUCAAUGAGGAGGAAGACCUUCUGAAAAGCUUCAGUCUGUACAUCGAUGCUGAAGAAAAGAAUGUAGAGAGAAUGAAGAGUGUUCUUCUGGUUCUUCAACUACUCACAUACUUUGACCCUGCGAACCCUGAGAAAACCAUGAGAGACCCUGUGGCAGCUUACAAACUCCUCAGACGAGUGAGAAGUGAAUGGUUGACUAUUGUCGAAUACACUCAAUUGAGUCUUUAUGAAGUAUAUCAGACACUGCUGGAUUAUUCAAACAUCCCACAGCCUGAGGACUUGAAUAAUGCCGCUUCAGAACUGAUCAGACUGCAAGAAUUCUACAAACUCUACCCACACAACAUCACAAGGGAAACGUCUCUAAACGCAGAUGAAGCCUACCAUAUGGGGUUGGUCGCUUAUAAUGAGAACAAAUUCCAGCACGCAUUCCUCUGGUUUCUGUACAGUCGGGACAGAUUAACAGAAAACUCAACCACUACUGAGAAAAAGUUGCUACAUUUCCUUAGUUCCUCAGCCUAUCAUUUUGGCAGCCUACCUGUGGCAAUCUACUUCAGCCAACGGCUUCUAAACCUGGAUCCAACUAAUGACGAAGUCAAAGUAGAGUUGAGCCUUUACAAACACCUUCGCUUCGAGAGAAAUUCAAAUCCUGACAUAUUCUCGUUGAACACAAAGUCAAAUAACUCCUAUGAGGCUCUGUGCAGAGGAGAGGUUGACGAGAGGACCUCUAAGAGGCAGAGAGCGCUGUCCUGUAGGUACAGCACAGGUGGAGGAAACCCCAGACUGAUGUACGCACCAGUGAAAGAGGAAGUGGAGUGGGACGAGCCUCGCAUCAUCAGAUAUCAUGACAUUAUAUCAGACAGAGAGAUGGAGAUCCUGAAGAAUAUCUCCAGGCCUCAACUUUCUAGGUCGGAGACUAUACAGGGAGUCACAAACAUCCGUACUUCUCAAAGUGUUUUUCUAGAGGAAGACAACACUGUUGCUCGUAUCAGUCAGAAUAUUGCAGACAUCACAGGACUCUCAGUGGAAUCAGCUGAAGAACUACAUGUUCAGAAUUAUGGGAUUGGUGGCAGAUAUGAACCGCAUUUUGAUGCAUGGGAUGAUAAGAAUGGAAGGAUUGCUACGUUCCUAAUUUAUAUGAGUGAUGUGGAGAUAGGGGGCGCCACUGUGUUUCCUAAAGUUGGAGUUGCAUUGAAGCCAAAAAAGGGUUCCGCUGUGUUUUGGUACAACCUCCACAAGAAUGGCAGAGUGGAUUUGGAUACACAGCAUGCUGGAUGCCCUGUGUUAGUGGGUAACAAAUGGGUGGCUAAUAAAUGGAUCCAUGAGUUUGGACAGGAGUUCAGGAGACCCUGUUCUUUAUCAGAAUGGGAGUGAAAGACAUUGUGACCAUGUCAAAUCAUAUGAA